AUCAAAACGAUAUCUGAGAGAUAUCUAUAAAUAUCAUAUUGCGUAACGACUAUUCAGUUUAAAUAUUCAAGUCUCGGAUAUCCACUCAGAAUUGAACCGAUUCUGCCGUUAUUGAGAUUCGGUAAUCCAAAGAUCUCUGAACUCAUCGGCUCGCGUAAAGAUACACGAUCAGUCUUGCUGUGCGUACACUUGGCGCGAGACACUGUUACUUUUGAUACUUUGCUGUUAUAUCCAUCAUGAAUAAAAUUGAAAUACGUGUGAAUGAAGGAAGAUUGAUUGGUAUCGUUGUAAAUAAUUGUAAUGUCCGUUACAUUGCUUUUCGUGGAAUACCAUUUGCUAAACCUCCGAUUGGUGACCUCAGAUUUAAGGAUCCGGUACCAGCAGAACCAUGGUCCGGUGAUAGAGACGCUUCGAAGUACGGAAACAAUGCCGUUCAAAUAAAUCUUUUCACACGCAAAGUUGAGGGCGAUGAAGAUUGUCUCUAUUUAAAUGUGUACACCACUAAAAUCGAACCUUCGAAAAAACGUACAGUUAUGGUAUGGGUACAUGGCGGUGGCUUUUAUGCGGGUUCCGGCGAUGCAUCUCUCUAUGGUCCCGAGUAUAUCGUACAAAAGGACGUAGUAUUGGUUACUCUGAAUUAUAGAUUAGGCCCUCUAGGCUUUUUGAACCUCCACGAUAAAGUGGCAACAGGUAAUCAAGGUCUGAAGGAUGUGGUCAUGGCGUUAAAAUGGGUUCAAAAAAAUAUAUCAGAAUUUGGUGGAGAUCCAGGAAAUGUCACUAUCUUUGGCGAAAGUGCUGGUGCAGGCAUAACACAUUGUCUAACUCUAUCUCCACUGGCUAAAGGUUUAUUCCAUAAAGUGAUUUCACAAAGCGGCGUUGUGGGAAAUCCUUGGGCCGUUUCUGAAUGGACAAAAGCAACGGACACGAGUUUCCGGCUUGCCAAAAAACUCGGAAAAGCAACCUCAGAUCCAAAAGUCGCCUACGAGUUUCUAAAAACUGUUGAUGCGAAGAAACUUAUAGAAGCUUCGCAUACACCUCUUAACACAGAAGAAGAGAGAUUGAGUUUUGCUCUAUACUUCACACCCACUUUGGAUUAUGAGUCAUCGAAUCCAUUUUUCCCUGAACAUCCAAAGGAAUACAUAUCUCGUGGGAUUCAAAUGCCCUUCCUUCUAGGAUUUACACGUAACGAAGGGAUAUUCUUUUUAAACAGCAUCUUUUACAGAGAAAUAAGCAAAGAAGACCUGGAACAAGUAAAUGCUGAUUUUAAAAAAGCAAUAUUACCACCGGUCUUAUCCAAGUUACCUGAAAUGGGUAUCACUGUUAAGGAAUUAAAAUCCUUAUAUUUUGGAACAAAAGACGUGUCAGAGGAAACUCUGAUAAAUUAUGGACAUUUCUUAGGAGAUGAAUUUUUUGUACGGGGUAUAAUGGAUAUAGUUCAACACCAAAGAUCUGCUGGUUGUUACAAAUCUACAUAUUUGUAUCAGUACGAUUAUGAGAACGAAACUUCCCCUGGAAGAAAAGUGUUAAAUAUCGGACUUCCAGGAGUGAGUCACGCAGAAGAAUUAUUUUACCUAUUUUACCCAGAACUUGGAAAAAUGUCGCCACCUGAACCUGAUUCAGACAAUCACAAAAUGAUGAAUCAUCUCGUACAAAUGUGGACGGAUUUUGCAAAAACAGGGAAUCCAACGCCUACUACAAAUUUAUGGUUGCCAUUAACUGGGUCACAAAACGACGACUACAAUUAUCUGAACAUUGAUAUAAAUCCAAAAAUGAAAACCUUUUUAAAAGGAAAAGAACGCUGGAAUUGGGAAACUUAUAAAAAAAAGUUAUAAAUUCUCUCUCUAUC